UAUUUAGAUCGUAUUAAACAAUAAUAUCCAUCAUCUUCAUCUUCAAUCAAUCAUCCAUUUCCCCAUAAAUUCAUACCAAAAAUGCAGUAAAAUCUUCCAUUCUCUCUCUCUAAAUCUCACUGAAUCGUGUAAUGGACACCGUCAGAGUCUUUCAAUGUGGCGUCAAAUCUCCAACUCUCGCCACUACAUCCACGCAAAACCGUCUAUCAAAGCAAUUGAAGCAGAUUGAUACCUUAGCUUUAUUGAGGCCAAGAGACGCAUCAUAUCCAAAUCUAGUGAUCGGAAUCCGACGUAACUCCUCUCGUAUACUCUCCAGAGCUUCUUCCGUUGAAACCAGACAAGAAGAGAAGGAAAAGAAGAAGGGAAAGUUAGGACAAGUGAAUAUACUGUUGAAUCAUCAAGUUGAAUUUGGUGAGCAUGUUGCUAUUCUUGGUUCAACUAAGGAAUUAGGUCAAUGGAAGAAUCCAGUUAUGAUGGAUUGGACGGAGAAUGGAUGGGUGUGUUGCAUACAGUUUAAAGCAACAGAUUCUAUUGAGUACAAAUUUGUUGUUGUAAACAAGGAUAAAAGCUUAAUCUGGGAAAAAGGUGAUAAUAGGAUUUUAGGGCUUCAAAAUGGUGGGAGUUUUAAGGUUGUUUGUCAUUGGGAUAUGACUAGUGAGCCUGUAAAUCUAUCGCCUUUGAGUUCUGAUCAGAAUAGUAAGGGAUUAGAAUAUGUGGAAGAAAGUGGAGCUGUAAGUGCUGAUGGUGAUGGUAAUGGUGAUGGUGGUUUUGUCGAUAUUGAGGUCGGGAACAGUCCUUUUGUGGAGGAAUGGCAAGGGAGGGCUGCUACUUUUAUGCGAUCAAAUGAGCAUGGUAACAAAGAUCAUGAUAAGAAAUGGAACACGUCGGGUCUAGAAGGUCCGACUCGGAAAUUAGUCGAAGGUGAUUGCAAUUCCAGGAAUUGGUGGAGAAAGCUUGAAUUAGUCCGUGAGCUAUUGGUUGAAAAUCAAGAGGGUGACAAGCGGUUGGAAGCUCUUACGUGUGCUGCUGUUUAUUUGAAGUGGAUAAAUACUGGACAAAUACCUUGCUUUGAAGAUGGAGGUCAUCGACGGCCAAACAUGCAUGCUGAGAUUUCUAGACUUAUCUUUCGAGAGCUAGAACGACUGGCAUGUAGAAAGGACACAUCACUUCAGGAAAUGGUGGUCAUUCGCAAGAUUCAUCCGUGCUUGCCAUCCUUUAAGGCAGAAUUUACAGCAUCUGUCCCUCUAACACGAAUUAGAGACAUUGCUCAUCGUAAUGACAUCCCCCAUGACCUUAAGCAAGAAAUUAAACAUACAAUACAAAACAAGCUUCACAGAAAUGCCGGCCCUGAAGACUUGGUUUCUACAGAAGCAAUGCUUGCUAGAAUUACCAAGAAUCCUGGGGAAUACAAUGAAGCAUUUGUUGAACAAUUCAGGAUAUUCCAUCGGGAACUGAAAGAUUUCUUCAAUGCUGGAAGUCUUGCAGAACAACUUGAGUCAAUAAAAGAAUCCUUGGACGAAAAGAGCGUGCCCGUCCUUUUCACAUUUUUGGAGCAAAAGAAGGAUUUGGAUAAUUUCCAAGAAAAAAAUGGCAUGAUUGAUCGACUGAUCAAAAGCAUCCAAUCGCUCAAUUCACUAAGAGAAACCAUUGUCAAAGGUCUUGAAAGUGGUAUUCGAAAUGAUGCCCCUGAUGCUGCUAUAGCAAUGCGACAAAAGUGGCGUCUCUGUGAGAUUGGCCUCGAGGACUAUGCAUUUGUUCUUCUGAGCAGGUUUAUUAAUGCGGUUGAAGGAAAUGGAGGAGCAGAAUGGCUUGCAAAGAGUGCAGAGUCCAAAAAUACAAGUUCUUGGAAUGAUCCACUAGGUGCUCUAACCGUCUGCAUUCAUCAGCUGCGACUAUCUGGUUGGAAGCCAGAAGAGUGCAGAGCAAUUGGAAAUGAGAUUCAAGCUUGGUCAGAGAAAAAAAUCUUGGAUAUGGAAGGCAAUGAAGAUGGGAAGAUGAUAUGGGCUCUAAGGCUUAAAGCUACUCUUGACAGAUGUAGAAGGCUAAGUGAAGAGUACACGGAGGCGCUUCUUGAGAUAUACCCUCAGAAAGUCCAGGAGUUGGGAAAUGCUUUCAAAGUUCCUGAGAACAGUGUGAGAACCUAUACUGAAGCUGAGAUUCGUGCUGGGGUGGUUUUUCAGGCUUCUAAACUAUGUAGCAUUCUGUUAAAGGCUGUUAGAGUUGUUCUUGGUUCUCACGGUUGGGAUGUUCUUGUCCCAGGAACUGCUUCUGGAACCUUAAUACAGGUGGAAUCUAUUAUCCCGGGGACAUUGCCUUCAUCUACAAAUGGUCCUGUUAUUCUCGUUGUUAACAAAGCUGAUGGAGAUGAAGAGGUAACGGCGGCUGGUGGUAAUGUUACAGGCGUUAUACUUCUUCAAGAGCUACCUCACUUGUCUCAUCUAGGUGUUAGGGCCCGACAAGAAAAGGUUGUUUUCAUGACUUGUGAAGACGAAGAAAAUAUCGCUGAUUUGCAGAAGUACAUGGGAAAAUAUGUCAGGUUAGAAGCAACUUCAUCGGGUGUGAAAAUUAGUCCCUCCGUUCUAGACAGUGUUAAUGAUGAUUUUCAUGCAAAGGGUGACUCGAUUAGCAUUUCGAAUCUGAUUGAAAACCCCGAACCAAGUUCCUCAAAUCCGAGUCUAACUGGAAAUAAAACUGCAAAUGGCAUCAUACCUCUUGCUGAAGCAGAUGUACAAACUUCCGGGGCUAAAGCUGCUGCUUGUGGUCAAUUAGCUUCUUUAUCAGCCACUUCCGACGAAGUUUUCAGUGAUCACGGUGUUCCAUCUAAAUUUAACGUUCCAAAAGGAGCAGUUAUACCUUUCGGCUAUAUGGAGUUGAUGCUAGAGCAAAACGGUUCAACAAAGUCUUUCGAGUCUCUAAUCGAGCAAAUAGAGACAGCUCAGAUAGACGGUGAACUCGACCGUCUCUGUAAUCAACUACAGGAUCUAAUAAGUUCCCUAACUCCUCCAAAAGACAUAAUUGAAUCGUUAGAGCGAGUCUUUCCCACCAAUUCACGUUUAAUUGUCCGAUCAAGUGCUAAUGUAGAGGAUUUAGCAGGCAUGUCUGCAGCCGGACUAUACGAUUCGAUCCCAAACGUAAGCCUUUCAAAUCCGACCGUAUUUGGUAACUCCGUUAGCCGAGUAUGGGCUUCAUUGUAUACACGAAGAGCCAUUUUGAGCCGAAGAUCGGCUGGAGUGCCUCAAAAGGAAGCUUCCAUGGCUGUAUUAGUUCAAGAACUUCUCUCACCCGAACUCUCGUUUGUUCUUCACACGCUCAGCCCGACUGAUCAAAACAGCAAUUUUGUCGAGGCUGAGAUCGCCUCCGGUUUGGGCGAAACUCUAGCUUCGGGCACACGAGGAACUCCUUGGAGACUAUCUUCAAGUAAGUUUGAUGAAACUGUACGUACAUUGGCGUUUGCGAAUUUCAGUGAGGAAAUGCUGGUUCUCGAUUCUGGUCCAGCCAGUGGGGAAGUUACUCGAGUCACGGUUGACUAUAGUAAGAAGGCUCUGACGACUGAUGCGGUUUUUCGGAGGCAAAUAGGUCAACGCCUUUGUUCAGUUGGGUUCUUUUUGGAACGUAAAUUUGGAUGUCCUCAGGAUAUUGAAGGAUGUGUGAUCGGUGAGGAUAUUUAUAUCGUUCAGACUCGUCCACAACCAGUAUAAGGUUGUUAAGGUAGUUAUGUACUCGACGACCCUAAUACUGAUCCCGGUCGGGUUUUAGGAUACUUAACGGUUAUCUAUCGAUGAAAUGUAUAAAUGUGCUUUUUUUGUUUUUUUUUAUGAAUUUGUUUGUGUCCAAAGCUGAGUAAUAUACUAAAGUCUAAUUCUAUCUUCCAAAUAAUAAUAUGACUUUGCUUAUAAAUUUUGUGUUGUAUUCAAUAUGAGUUAUAUUUUA